AUGCAAGCGCAUGCUUCAUGUUUGGAAAUGAGUGACGAAAUGGUAGCAUGCGUGCUUACAUAUCCAUGGCAAUGUAUAGAAUGCAAACGAUGUUCAGUGUGCUCUCUUGGGGACCAGGAAGAAUCCAUGAUUUUCUGCGAUAGAUGUGAUCGAGGUUUCCACACUCACUGCAUUGGUAUUGCUAAAGCACCACAGGGUUCAUGGAUUUGUCAACAGUAUUGUGGUCGGCAAACCGGCAAUCUUUCAGCGACACCAAGACGAACGACCACGCGAAAAAGAUCCUCCGUUGUUACUUGA